CGGGCGAUAAGCACAGUGCGAACUAUUCUUUCGCCUUUUACUAAAGAAUACCGUGUGCUUGCCGCAUCCACCGGCAUACGCUUAUUUUUGGAGGAUUUUCUCAAGAACGAGAAAUUCCUACAUACCUUAGUUUAAACUUUAUUUUUAUUGUUACUGUGCCUUGGUUGCUGAUUAUAAUGAUGUUGGUUUUAUUUGAAGAGUGUAUCUUUUCAUAUAGUUAAAUUCUUAUUGUAGUAGAACUUAUUAUGUUUUAAUUCUGUUCUGAAGCUCUUGGUGUGAGCUCUUACUGAAAUGGUUUAUAUCUUUUCAGUCUUUGUGGAGUGAGAUCGUUCCUAAAUUGAACAUUUAACUUACUUUUUAAAAUUUGAGAAAGUAAUCCUAACCUUAAAACUCCAUAACCUGAACAAACAUUUCAUCAUAAAUUAUGACCUUUCAUGCCUGUAUUUUCACUAAAGAGUACUGUGUGCUAGUUGCAUUCACUACAUGCCUAAGAAAUAAGUUAUAGAACUAUAUGAUUACAGAAGAGUAUUCAAUAAUGGUGGACAAUGCUAUCCAGUGCGAUGUAACAUAUCCAUAAUAUAAACCAAAGUAUUUGGCAACAAUUCUUUCGUCCUUUAGACAAUAAUCUAGAAUCAUAGGAGUAGUGUUAACGUAUUCAAUUGGUACCCUAGGAAAUCUUCAGCAUCUUUAUAAGUUAAAAGAAUGCAUUUCUUGCUAUUUAUGAUAUAAUGUGAGAAAGAUGUAUAAAACUAAACAUGUAUAUACAGAUAGUCAAGUUACAUUUUAGGUGUCAGUAAAAUUAUUUUAAUGGUAUUUAGCAUGUGUUUACUUUAUAGAUAUUACAAGAAAAAAUGUUACUAUUUCAAGGGCCAACUGAUUAAGUAUGUUUCAAUGCUAUAAAGAAAAAAAGAGUAAAAUUCAUUUGUAAUUAAUAUUUUUUUUCUCUCCCUAUCAACAAUUGCAACAAUAGUAGCAUGAAGGAUGAAAUUUAAAAACGUUGUGGAGUGUUGUUGAGCCUAAACUCGUUUUCAUUUUAUGAUUUAUAGAACAAAAACUAGCCACUUACAUAUACAGCAGUGCAUCAACAAAAAUAAGUCUUCAAACUUUAUUCUUAGUUUAGCUUUCUUCUUUUUUUCAGACUAAAAGUCAAAGCGACGUCGUUUAAAUCUCUUGUUCAGCUUCGUUCCCCAUUUCUUCUCUCUUCUCACUUUCUCUGAGGAUUUGUCUUGCCGAAGAAGAAAUUUGAGGAAAACCCUUACCUUCUUCGUCUCUGAUCCGUUUUACUCAAACUCUCAAAGAUGACUCAAGACGCCGAGAUGAAAGAGCUUCCUGCUCCAUUAUCGUCUUCUUCCUCUUCAGCGUCUCCCUCAGCUCUACAGAAUUUGAAAGAAAUUGUGUCGCUCAUUGAGACCGGGGCCUAUGCGCGGGAGGUUCGGCGGAUUGUUCGUGCCAUUCGUCUGACUAUGGCGUUGAGGCGGAAGUUGAAGGCUUCUGUUCUUUCUCAAUUUCUGAAUCUUGUACUCCCCACAGGGUCUGAGGUGCACACUAGGUUAUCCUCAUUUCUUCCGAAGGAGGAUGACUGUGAAAUGGAUGUUGACACGGCAACUCAAGCUCCUGCCAAACACCCUUUGCCCGAGAUAGAGAUAUAUUCGUACUUGAUUGUGCUAAUAUUUUUGAUUGAUCACAAGAAAUAUGACGAUGCUAAGGCUUGUGCCUCAGCAAGCAUUGCACGGCUUAAGAACCUUAAUAGGAGAACAGUCGAUGUUUUAGCAUCCAGGCUCUACUUCUAUUACUCCCUCAGCUACGAACUCACUGGCGAUCUUGCUGAAAUAAGGGGUAACCUCCUAGCCCUGCAUCGCAUUGCAACCUUGCGCCAUGAUGAAUUGGGUCAGGAAACCCUACUUAACCUUCUACUUCGUAAUUACCUCCACUACAACCUAUAUGAUCAAGCUGAGAAGUUGAGGUCCAAGGCACCCCGGUUUGAAGCUCACUCAAAUCAGCAGUUCUGUAGGUACCUGUUUUACCUUGGUAAGAUCAGGACCAUUCAGCUGGAGUAUACAGAUGCAAAGGAAUCUCUUCUACAAGCUGCUAGGAAAGCACCCAUUGCUGCUCUUGGUUUUCGAGUGCAAUGCAACAAAUGGGCAAUCAUUGUUCGCUUGUUGCUAGGAGAAAUCCCUGAGAGAACCGUUUUCAUGCAGAAAGGCAUGGAGACAGCUCUGAGGCCAUACUUUGAACUCACAAAUGCUGUGAGAAUUGGUGACUUGGAGCUCUUCAGGACUGUUGCUGAAAAGUUCUCUAGUACUUUCAGCUCAGAUCGAACUAACAACUUGAUCGUGAGGCUGCGACAUAAUGUCAUCAGGACUGGGCUUCGCAACAUUAGCAUUUCCUAUUCACGCAUUUCUCUGGUUGAUGUUGCUAAGAAGCUUAGGUUGGACUCGGCAAAUCCUGUUGCUGAUGCUGAGAGUAUUGUCUCCAAGGCAAUUCGAGAUGGAGCAAUUGAUGCGACAGUCGAUCAUGCAAAUGGGUGGAUGGUAUCAAAGGAGACUGGUGAUAUUUACUCGACCAAUGAACCUCAGAUUGCUUUCAAUUCGAGGAUUGCAUUUUGCCUGAAUAUGCAUAACGAAGCAGUGCGUGCUCUUCGGUUUCCGCCAAAUUCACACAAGGAAAAAGAGAGCGCUGAGAAAAGGAGAGAAAGACAACAGCAGGAACAAGAACUUGCAAAACACAUAGCCGAAGAGGAUGAUGACGACUUUUAGCUUAUUUAAUAUGGAGGAGAUGGUAUGGAUCUUUUGUGCAUGAAUGAAAUAAAUACAGUUUUAUUCAGAAAUUCUAGGGAGAAAAUUUUUGAUCCAUUGGUGAUUCAGAUGGCCCUUUUCCGUUUUCUUGAUUGUCAAUUAUUUGUGUUUGUAAUGCCGGCUGCUUGCAACUUCUUCAUUUAUGGAAUGUCCUUGAGAUUUCCAUCUUA